CCCAGCCUGUCCAUUCGUCACAGCAAACAGAUCGAUGCAUGCCGCUCCUCAUUUUGGUAGAAUUUCAUUAAGCCUCUUUGUUAUGGGACAUUAUCUACCAAACACAUGCUUUGCCGGCUUUGUGCUUGUGUCCAAGUUGCAGUGUUCAUCUUUGACAUAACCAUUCAAACAUGCCGUCCAUUAGGCGUUCUCACAGUGGGGGUGUAUUUUUAGAGGAAAGCAGGCGAAACCAACACCGGUAGGUUGAUGCUUCCUUUAAACAAACCAGCUUCUCACUGUUACCUAAAACCUGACACGUCUGGUGUUUUGUAAAUGGUUUUGUUUCUUUUGUCUUCAUUGAGUUGGGAAAGAGCCACAGAAAAUAGAAGGCACCGUUAAAAAAACAAACGACAGGUCAUUGGACGAAGCUUCGGUCUGUCAAAUCCUUUAGCCAAUCACAUAACUCAAAUGACGUAAUGUGUGAAUACUUAAGGUACUCCUGGCCCUAAUCCUAAAUUGAUAGGUCUUCAAAUAUGCCGUCAAGGCGAAGAUUUACGGAGAUGGCCGAAGCAGCGUUUAGUGGGUUAGGGAAAAACACAGCAUCAAGAGGCAUCGCAGAGAGGGAAGUGCCUCACAUACGUCUGGUUGGUGAUUCCGAUGUGGAGGAAAUAUACAUAUUUGGGAAAAAGUUGGGCCACGGUAGUUAUGGGGUGGUGUAUGCAGCCACACACAUUAAAACACAGAGCCGAUGGGCCAUCAAAACUGUUUGCAAGGCAGAGCCAGGAAGUACAAAAAUCAAAAUGCUGGAGCAGGAAAUCAAAAUACUCAAACAUGUCUACCACCCUCACAUAUUACGUUUGGAGGAAAUCUAUGAAACUGCUCAGAUGACAUAUUUGGUUACUGAGCUGUGUGUUGGAGGAGAACUGAAGCAGGCUUUACAACAGAAAAAGUUAUUUCCAGAGGAGGAAGCAAAACACAUCAUCGGCUGUUUAGCUGACGCCAUCACUUACCUUCACAAAAAAAACAUAAUGCAUCGGGAUUUGAAACUUGAGAACAUUCUUGUGAAAAACUCUCUUGAUGAAUGUAAUGGCAAGCUUGAUAUCAAGGUGGCAGACUUUGGAUUAUCAGUGAAGACCUUGGGUGUUGGAAGUGAAAACAUUCUUUUUGAAGUUUGCGGGACUCCAAUCUAUAUGGCACCUGAAAUGAUGAGCCAACGUGGAUACACACACUGGAUUGAUAUGUGGAGCGUUGGAGUCAUUACGUAUAUUUUGCUUUGUGGGGAGCCUCCAUUUGUGUCCAAAACAAAAGAAACCCGCCUUAAGGAGAUUAAAACAAUAGGAGUCAGAUUUUCCUCACCUAUCUGGGACACAAUCAGUGAUGCAGCAAAAACAGUAGUGACGUGCCUCCUGAAGGCAAACCCUGCAUACCGCAUGUCAGCUAAUCAGCUGCGAGACAACUCGUGGAUUACAGGGGACACUAACACGCCCGCAAUGCCCCUCAAUGCACUCGAGAUGAUGCACAACUUCCACGAGCAGGAGAAGAGUACACAAGAGCCUGAAGAAAGCCAGAACUGCGAUUCUGUUGCCAGGACCUCUUCACCGGCUUCGUCACAGACUGAAAGCAACAGCAUGAGUCACUCGGAUCUAAGUGACACUUCCUGCACACCUUCGACAUCCACUAAGCUGACAAAAAAAGUGUGCAGUAGUCAUCAUCUACAGGACAAAUGUAAAAGCUCAUCUUCAGCCCUAAAUCAUCCCACCACACCACAGCUGCAUUGACUCUGGACUUGAUGAAACACAGUGGACCAACACCAGAAGCUGACAUGGCUCCCCAAACCAUUGCUGACUGUGGGAACUUCACACUGGAUUUCAAGCAACUUGGAUUUUGCUCCUCUCCAGCCUUCCUCCAGACUCUAGCGCCUUGACUUCCAAAUGAAAUACAAAACUUGCUUUCGUCUGAAAACAGGACUCUGGACCACUCUGCAACUGUCCAGUACUUCUUUUCCAUAGCCCAAGUCAGACGCUUCUAGAGAUUUUUUUUUUACUUGGUCUGAGGAAAUAUUCAAAUUUUUUGAGAUAUGAUUUUUGAGUUUUCUUAAACUUUAUGCCAUAAUCAACAAUAUUAAAAUAAUAAAAGGCUUGCAAUAUUUCAGUUGAUGUGUAAUGAAUCCAGAAUGUAUGACAUUUUUGUUUUUUUAAUUGCAUUACAGAAAAUAAAGAACUUUAUCACAAUAUUCUAAUUUUCUGAGACAGUCCUGUAUAUGCGUGCCAAGGCGGGCAGCACGCCAAGGCCGGGACUAGGUGAAAAUUUGCCAGUGAUACUCAAACUUGCUUUAUAAAUAAUAUAUUUAUUUAAAUAAAGCAUUUAUUCUCCUCUGUUGACAGCAGUUUUGGCACUAGGAAUUUUCAAAAUGGGGUCCCAGGGACCCCAUCAAGUCAUAAAAAUGGAGUCCCACAGUAAAUGUUUGGGGUCUCACUUUUUUGUAAGCGUUUUGAAAAAAAAUUAUAAACGUAUGCAUUAUCCUGUUAUAUCUCACAUUCUAUAUUGUGUUUUGGAAAAAGGUUGACAUAAACGUUACAUAAUUCAUUAAAAAAAAUUAUAAAAAAAGAAAACAAAUGUGUAUACAUAUGUAAAUGUAUUCAGUUAUAAACAUUCAUUCACUUUCUUCUUUCCUUCAUGGAUCUAAACUUUACCGCUGCUGGUAAUUUUUUCUAUGUUUUUAUUUAAUAAGUUGUAGGUGUAUUUAUUUCAGUAUAAAAGUGUAAAAAGUGUUUUGCUUCGGUCAUGAAAUGAUGAUAAUGGUGUGCCAGGGCAUACAUACAUUUUAUAUUUAAUGUUUAAAUCCCUGGAGUCUACAUCGACUUCAGAUCUAUCCCUCAUUUCAAAAUGUUUUCGUUUUUUUUAUGUUGUUUUUCUGUUUGUUUGUUUUCCGCCCUUUUUGUCAAACAAAACUAUGUUUUUAAUGGCAAACACACAAAAUACACAAAAUCUUCCACCAAAAAUAUUUUUCAAAGUGGAAUAUUUGAUGUGACGUAAUCGGAACCUUAAAUAGGUCAAUAAUUCAUAAUAACAUUGAUUUUGAUUCAAUAUUAUGUUUUGAGCAAUGACAGUUUGAAAGAAAAAAAGACAGCUUUGUUUUAUUAGUCAACAUUGCAACUUUUUCUAAAUUACAUUUAACCUUUAAGCUUUUUUAUUUCACUUUUGUUAUGUUUUUGUUUAUUUUAAUAGUAUUUUUAGAAUGUGGACCUUUAAAACAUUAGCUGUAGGCCGCAAAUGGCCUCCGGGGCACACUUGUGACACCCCUGCUAUAGAUAAUAAAAAAUUAAAUCUGAUAAAUCUAUCAAUAAAAAGCAGAGCCUGGCGACGCAUGCGCGUUUAUCAUAACGCACAGUCAGCAUCUCUGCUUCAGUAAACAAUGACGGUGAUGAUGUCACUGUCAGCGAUGCUAACUUGUCAGCCACUUCUUCAAGAGACUCCUUUUGAACACUCCUCGCACAUUAACACUUCAAAAGGCAAACAAUUGCCCCGUUUUUUGACCUGCAAAGUAUGUUUUUGGAGUGGAGGAGUCUGCUCGGGUGCUGGUUAGUUUGAAGCCAACAGCUAACCUGUCUCCAUUCUCGAACAAUGUGGAUCCAGCGGGAGAUAAAAGUGAAGUUUCCAUGGACUCACAAAGACUAAAAUAACUCAUUUACUGGAGUUAAAAAUGUUGACUUUACACUCACCUUAGUGUUUACCAUGAAGUCUUUAUUUUGACAGCCCCUCGCGGUAAACUUGUCCGAGUGCAAACUGAGGCAGUAUUUGUCAUUGAUAAAACUUUCGGCGAAUCAAAAUAAAAACGCAAUAAACGGGGACGGAAAUAUAAACACAUAUAAACAAAACAAAACACUGGCGGAAAGCGAUAAUCGAUACAAUAAAAAAAACAAGCAAACCGGAUGUCUUGUCUGUCUCUCCACUCCCUUUACCAUGAAUUGAUUAAUGUGGACCCCGACUUAAACAAGUUGAAAAACUUAUUCGGGUGUUACCAUUUAGUGGUCAAUUGUACGGAAUAUGUACUGUACUGUGCAAUCUACUAAAAAAAGUUUCAAUCAAUCAAUCCCUCGCUCUCUCUGUCUCUGCCCAUCCCUCACGAAUGCUGCUGCGUGCACACACCUUGGUGGGGGAGGGGCGUUGUG